AUGGACCUGGCCAAGUCGUUCUUCAACGUUCGUGAUCACGAUGGUUAUGUCGGGAAAGACGAGCACAGCAAAAAAUUAGAAACAGCUGUCUCUGAAGAUGAGGUUGAAGUAGAAGUUGGAGGUUUAUGUGGAGAGACCUUGUCGCCAGCGCCUGGUGGUCCCUUUUCAGCGUUAACUCCAUCCAUGUGGCCGCAAGAUAUCCUAGCUAAACUGAAUCAACCCGAUGAUCCGAAUUCACAGCCUGAAUAUAGAUUUGACGAAUUUGGCUUUCGCGUAGAGGAAGAAGAUGGCCCUGAACAGAAUUCAAAAAAGUUACUAGGAAUACCAUUUGUCGAAGAGCCUCAACACAGAUUGCAAUGGAUCGCUCUCUUGGAAUUCAGCCAUAACAAAGAAGUGGCGGAACUCUCCUGGCAAAAUAUGGAUCGAAGUCUACCACGUACAGAUAAAUUACGUGAAAUGGUUCGCAGUGGCAUACCCCAUUCCUUGAGACCUCAAAUUUGGAUGCGAAUGUCAGGAGCACUUCAGAAAAAAUGUUCAUCGGAGAUAACGUACAAAGAUAUCGUGAAAGCCUCGAGUAAUGAUGCAUUAAUGACCAAUAAGCAAAUAGAGAAAGAUCUCCUUCGCAUUAUGCCGGCCAACGCGUGUUUCAGUCAUCUCCAUAGUACUGGUAUACCGCGUUUAAGACGCGUUAUGCGUGCCUUAGCUUGGCUAUAUCCUGAUAUUGGUUACUGUCAAGGUACGGGUACGAUGGCAGCAUCAUUAUUAUUACUUUUGGAAGAGGAAGAUGCAUUUUGGAUGAUGGCAACAAUAGUAGAAGAUUUGUUACCAGCUUCUUAUUACUCUUCAACAUUGUUGGGUAUUCAAGCUGACCAAAAAGUACUUCGCACAUUAGUAGCUAAUUAUCUUCCUGACAUAGAUCAUGUUUUGGUGCAACACGAUAUAGAAUUAAGUCUUAUAUCUCUACACUGGUUUCUAACUUUGUUUGCAUCAGUUGUGCACAUGAAAAUAUUAUUACGAAUAUGGGAUAUGUUCCUUUUCGAUGGAUCUAUAGUUUUAUUCCAAAUUACGCUUGGGAUGUUAAAAAUAAAAGAAACAGACUUAAAACAACUGGAGAACUCUGCACAAAUAUUUAACGCUCUCUCAGAUAUACCAGGAGACAUUGAUGAUGUGGACCAAUUAUUCAAUGUAUCUUUAGAAGUUAGUGGGUCACUGACAGACGUGUUAGUCGAGACUCAUCGACGUCGUCACUUAGCUUAUUUAAUGGCUGAUCAAGGCGGGCUAGUAGGAAAUCCGGAUGCGGUACCGAACUUGCCGAAACAACAUCUGAAUAGACGUCAAAUGAAGCGAACCAAAUCAAUGUUACAAACAAUUUUAUUUGGAAAUGAUGAUAGUGAAGACGAUGCAAAGUCUAAAAAUAUUCGUCAAACAGAAAUUCUAGUCGAUCUGAGGGAAUCUGUUUUACAAGUUGCGAGGCAUUUCAUAAAUGUUGAUCCAAAAUUAAAUAAUGUUGCUCUUAUAGCAGAUUAUACGAUGGAAAGUCAUGCGAAAGAUCAUGAUAAUUACGUCAAUGUAUCACGAACGCGAAAAAGAAGAGCAAAAGCUUUAUUAGAUUUUGAAAGACACGAUGACGAUGAGCUUGGUUUCCGAAAAAAUGAUAUAAUUACAAUCAUUAGUCAAAAAGAUGAACAUUGCUGGGUAGGAGAACUGAAUGGCUUGAGAGGGUGGUUUCCCGCGAAGUUUGUAGAAUUGCUGGAUGAACGAAGUAAACAAUAUACGUGUGCUGGAGACGACGCGGUUAGCGAAGCUGUUACUGACUUGGUAAGGGGUACAUUGUGCCCCACUGUGAAAGCAGUAUUAGAGCAUGGAAUGAAGAGACCAUCAUUUUUGGGCGGACCGUGUCAUCCGUGGCUAUUUAUAGAAGAAGCCUCUAACAGAGAAGUGGAAAAAGACUUCAAUUCUGUUUAUAGUCGAUUGGUACUGUGCAAAACAUAUAGGUUGGAUGAAGAUGGCAAAGUUCUAACCCCAGAAGAGUUAUUAUAUCGUUGCGUCCAGUCUGUAAAUUUAACACAUGACAAUGCACAUGCUCAGAUGGAUGUGAAAUUACGUUCUCUCAUCUGUCUCGGAUUAAACGAACAAGUGCUUCAUUUAUGGUUAGAAGUUUUAUGUUCCUGUGUAGAAGUAGUACAAAAGUGGUAUCAACCAUGGAGCUUCAUAAAUAGUCCAGGUUGGGUGCAAAUAAAAUGUGAAUUAAGAAUAUUAAGUCAAUUUGCAUUCAACUUGAACCCCGACUGGGAACUACCGCCCAAAAAGGAACAAUCACAGCCUUUAAAAGAUGGAGUUCGCGAUAUGCUAGUCAAACAUCAUUUAUUUAGUUGGGAUCUUUAGCAUAUAAGAUAGAGUUAACAAUUAAUAAGUCUAUGCCACUAUUCUGAUUUUUGUCCAGAAAUUUGGGAUCUAAUUUUCCAUUUCUAGUCUCUAAUUUAAUAUAGUAAAAAGAUCAGAAUAUAUUUAAAUAUAUUUUAAUUUUUUAAAAUUUUUAUAAAUAACGGCAAUCUUGAAGAUUGGAGAGAUUUUUAUCGUCUAAAAUUUUGAAGUUUAAUGCACAAUAAUGACUAAGAAACGUAAUGUACAAAUAAAUAAUCUCGUUUUUAUCAUGAUAACAGCAUUUAUAGAUGUUAUUGAAAAAAAUUUAUAUUUUAUUAAUUUAUUAUAUUUAAUUGCACCCACGGAUAUGAUAAACAGUCGUGAUAGAAGAGACCCUAUCUUACAUAUUGAAUCUUUUCUUUUUUAUAUAUCCAAGCAAAUUAUAUUUUAAGAAGCUUUUUAAAGUAAUAUCUCUGUAAAAGUAAUUCUGUAUCUACCGAAAUAAUUAACAACUUCGGAGAAAAAUAAGAUAUAUCUAUGAAAUAAAAAUACUAGGAUAGAAAGUAUUAGAUAACCAAAGUUGUAUCGUGUCUAGUUGUAUAAAUGUUAUUAUGUAGUUAUAUAUUCCUUUAUGAAAAAUUAGUUUUAUAAUUCUUUAUCAUAAGAGAAGAAACGUUGAUACACUCAACAAAUAAUAUAAUAAUAUAUGUAUAUGUAUAAACAUAUUAUACGAUCUCUGUAGAUAUCUCUAUGUAUGUAAAGAGAAUAUAUAUUGUCAUAUCUUCAAGCGUGUUACGUAGUAAACAUUAUAAUUUAAGAGAUUUAUUUUUAAGCAGUGCCUUUUUGAUAUACGGAUAUAAUUGAAAAAUAUUCUCUAUGUAU